CCGUGUCAUGUCACGAGAGGACACAGCGAAUGCGCUGAUCCCCUCAUCCACAAGCCGGACAGAGGGCAUAUGUUCAUGAACUACAGCGAGAUGGAGAUGUCAGGGCCGAGUGUGAACCGCCGCAGUCGCACGGUGAAGAGGCGGCGGUGGGGAGGACUGAGGCAGCAAUGGAAACUGCUGGGUCUGUUUGAGAUCGACCAAGAGCAUGAGUUUUAUAGUCUCACCUGCAUGAUGAAGGAAGGGCUUCGUGCUGCUGUGCAGAACACCAUUGACAACCCUUUACCUGACGAGCUGUGUGAGGAUGACUACAGCCUCGAGGUUACUCAAAUCCAUAAGGACUUCAGGAUGGAGACAUAUGCAGGACCGGUGUUUGCAAGUCUGCGUCGCUCUCUGGGAAUGACGGAGAAGGAGUAUCAGCAGUCGCUCUCCUCUGAAGGGUGUUACCUGCAAUUCAUCAGCAACUCCAAGAGCAAGGCAGAUUUCUUCCUAACCAAUGACAAGCGAUUCUUCUUAAAGACACAGAGCAAAAGAGAAGUGCAAUUUCUCCUGUCUAACCUGAGUAUCUACAUGGAGCAUCUGGAGAAAUACCCUCACUCUCUGCUCGUCAAGUUUUUAGGUGUGCACAGGAUCAAAAUAGCAAAUCAAAGGAAGAAGUACUUUAUUGUGAUGCAAAGUGUCUUUUACCCUGAUGACAGAAUCAUGGCAAGGUAUGAUAUAAAGGGCUGUGAGGUGAGCCGGUGGACGGAUCCAGCUCCUGAAGGCAGCCAGAUCAUAGUGGUUUUGAAGGAUCUGAAUUUUGAAGGACAGUUCAUUCAUUUAGAUCAACAGCGUCCUUGGCUCCUGCGUCAAGUGGAGAUCGACACAGCUUUUCUACAGACGCUCAAUGUGCUGGACUACAGUCUCCUGCUGGCCCAUCAGCCUCUGCACCAGGAUGAGCUCAGCCAGAGUCUGUCCUUCGCAACACUCAUCAUGCGCACCAAAAAAUCAUUCCCUUUCUUCUCCAAACGACCACUGGCAGGCAGGUCAGUGAAUCCAGUGUCCAGUCCCACACAUGCCGCUUCACCUACUGUACCCGGAGUGGUGGCAGAUGAAGACUCAACACCCCUCGCCUCUGAAUUAAACUGUACACAUAACAGUCACAUAACAGAAUGCAAUGGCAAUGAUGGAACGGACAAUACAAGUCUUGAAGGAGAAAACAUUGAGGGACCCAGUAGAGCAGGAGCAGAAUCGGCGGAUCUACAAGCAUUUCAGUCCCAGAACCGGAGGCUCCUUCCCAACUUCAAGAACCCGCUACAUGUCAUUGAUGGACCAGAGCAGCGCUACUUCAUCGGCAUUAUUGACAUCUUCACUGGUUAUGGCUUUAGGAAGAGGCUUGAGCAUUUAUGGAAAAGACUGAGACAUCCAAGUCAAACGUUCUCCACUGUCAGUCCUCCAGCUUACUGUCACCGGCUGUGCCAUUGGGUUCAGGACCACACAAAAUAAAAGAGGUGACAGAUGAUGUGCCUGAAGAUAUGCACCUGACCCAUACAUACCUCAUUAGGUAGUGGAAAGGACCUGAAUGUACAUUUGACGGCAAAUGUUUUUGCUCUUUAAAGAGAUUGUUCAACCCAAAAUGAAAGUUCUAUCAUUGCUUAGUCAGGCUAAAUACUAUAGAACACACAAGACGUGCCACUCUUAUACUUUUGGAUGGUGAAAUGGCAACGGUCACUCCAGAAAAGAAAGCACUGCCUUCCAGUACAGGAGCCAAUUAUCAAUCGGUAUAGACUGAGGAUUCUUUAGAGCAGGGGCUUGGUCCAGAUGCCUGUUUUUUAAGACAGUUUCUGUAUCUCAGUGAAUACUACUAAUAUUUAAAAUGAAUGUAUUCACGCGCAAAUCACAUGGCGACCACUACAAACUUGUAAACAAUAAGCUUGCUGCCAUUUUUGGAGAUUUGCUGUCAGGAAUCAGUUGUGAAUUACCUUAGAAGACCAAUGUGAACCAACCAGAGGAGGAUACUGUGUAAUGUGAUUUAUUGAUCAUUGCGGUAGUUACAUACUUUGAUUGACAGGAUGACAUCUGAUUGUGUCCUCCAGAAAUAGCCAUAAAGAGAUUGGUGUUGUGAAUUUGUUCCCUUUGGGUGCGCAUGCACAUAGCUUGGGGAACCUGAAAAACUGCAUCUAUAUUAUGACUUGAACAGUUAAAAACUAAAUUUAUGAGAGGGUUUUUGUUAAAGUUAAUUGGUGAUUCAAAAGUUAAUUAUAAGCUUGACAGAAUCUUUUGGAGAAUUUGAUGUUUCCCCAUGUAAAGAGUUAGGAGCUGCACUUGCAUGCCUGAGAGCCAUUUCAAAGAUGGUCACUGAGUGAAAUGUUUUCCUUAAAAGGACUUUGUUCACACUCAUGUUGUACCAAGUGCAUUAGAAGUUUGUUCCUCUUGAGAACACACAUGUACAGUUGAAAUAAGAAUUAUCAGCCCUCUUGUUAAAUUUUAAUUCUUUAUUUUUUUCCCCAAUUUCUGUUUAAUGGAAUUUUUAAUAGAUUUUUUUAACACAUUUAUAAACAUAAUAAUUUAAAUAAUUAAUCUCUAUUACCGGUUUAUUUUAUUUUUGCCAUUAAGACAUAUUAUUUUACGUACGUAUUUUAAGUACGUAAUAUUUUACAAAUUAUUUUUCAAGACACUUAUAUACAGCUUAAAGUGACAUUUAAAGGCUUAACUACUUAAGACUUAACGUUAACUAGGUUAAUUAGUCAAGUUAGGGUAAUUAGGCAAGUCAUUGUAUAACAGUGGUUUGAACUGUAGACAAUUGGAAAGAAAUUGUUUAAGGGGGCUAAUAAUCUGGACCCUAAGAUGGUUUUUAAAGAAAUUAAAAGCUUUUUUAUUCCAGCCAAAAAAAAAAAAAAAAUCCCCACAACUUUCUUUCUCCAGAAAAAAAAAUACUAUACUAUAUAUAUAAUCACAGGAGGGCUAAUAAUUUUGCCCUUAACAGUAGAUCUUUCAAUAAAAUAAAAUAAAUAAAUUGAAAGUUUGUUCAACAAAAGCACUUCAAAGCAUACAUGAUGAGAUCAAGAAAUAGAUGUCUGAAGAGAUGAAGAGACAUCACUUUAUAUUAUAAACAGGUUUCAUUUAGGCUUUUAUUUACGUAUGAAAAAUGUUCAGUGAGCUUCUGUUUUAUUCAUUAGGUCAUAAGGCUGUUUUGUUCACUCCAGAAGACUUGGAUUGAAGCACUUAAUUCAUCCGGCUUUAUGGAGAAACAGAAAUAUCUUACAUUUUGUUAAAAUAUUGUCACUUGUGUUCUAAAGAUGAACAAAAUCUUGUGAAUUUGGAAUGACAAGAAUAAACGAUGACAGAAUUUUGAUUUUGGGUUGAACUAAAGCUUUAAGUUGACCUUUUUAAAGUCUGUUUUUGAGCUUUUUGUUUACAGAUAAUUUUGAGUAUUUGUUGUAACAUAGCACUUCAAGAAAAACACAAAAAGUUAAUUGUUGUAUUUAAAAUGAUUAUAAGAAAUGGUGCAGAGACCCUUGCAUUAUGCUAAAGAUGCAUAAGAAUGAAACAUAAAAAGAGCAUUGGAUUUAAAUUUCAUUUUGAAAUAAUGAUUGAAUUAUGUAAUACUAAUUACAUAUAUCCCAUUCACCCAAGAGUUAUCAUUUGAUAAGCAGCUACUAAGAAAUGAUUGUCAAAGUAAAUUAUACCAAGCAAAAGCAGCAGCUUCUAUAUUUCUUAAUUAUGUUCAGCAUUGGUUAUGUGAAGCUACAUAAGUGGGCAUUCAUGUGAGCUUGUUUUGUUUUCAGAUAUUUAUG